GGGUCUAUAUUUAGGCUGACGUGGUACCCCCCCACCCCACGACAGCUGUCCCUCCUUCGUCAGGAAUAGUGGAAACUAGCCGGUCUGUGGCCUGUGUGGGUGAGUGACGUGAGCUCACUGGCUCUCUGCUCUUUCUCUGUGACUCUCACACUCUCGCUGGCCACUUUAGGCCUCCACUCUGCUCCGUCCUGACCUUUGCUGGAUAACGGAGCCACAUUAGCUUUGAAGAGGCAGCACAGAACACCUGAGACCCAGAAUCCCUUUCUUUCUCCAGAGACUUUCUUGCCUGAAGCUUUUGAUCCAGGGCUAACGUCUUCAAGACCAGCAGCCACCAUUGUGCCAGCCUCUUAUCUCUUGGCCCACGUGACUGUCAUCACCUCACAACGCCCUUCUUCAUCUGUCUCCUCCCUGUACCCCCCUACCCGGCCCAGCCCAUGACCACAGCGCCACCACCAUGGCGUUCUCAUCACGCUUUUCCUUCUGGGAGCAAAAGGUCAAAGAAGAGACCAAGGCAACCCCCAAGAGUUCGAAAGAUAGUUCUGACAGUGAUGGCAGUCUGAGCAGCCGUUCCCAGUCGGUGCCCUGUCUGGAGCCUGGUAAAGCUCUGUUGCGUACUAAGAGCCCCCAGCCUGCUCGAGACCCUCCUGGCCAUGCCCAGUCCCAGCCCCAGCUCCGUGAGCGACUCAAGAGCCCCUCGCCCAAUAGGAACAGGUUUUCUGUGGCCAAAAGUCCAGAUCCACCAAAGAUGCCGGAGCGCUUCAGAAGCCCUGAGCCUCUGAAAGCUUCCCCGAGUGUUGUGCCCGUGCUGAAUGGUGAUAGCAAGACCAAUGGUCCCCUAAACAGCACCAUCAAAACUGUGGUCGAUAACAGUCAGCCGGACGUCGUAGAGGAUCCACAGGGUGUAACCCGCAAGAAGGUGGUCAAGGUUGUGCGGAGGGUGGUGAGGAGAGUACUACCUGCUGAAGAUGAUGCUUCAGCCACAACUAUGGUUACUUCUGUUCCCCAGGCUCCUAGUGAGCCACAAAAACCCACUGAGGCUCCCAAACCCAUGCCAACGUCUGUGCCCAAAACCAUGAAGAUGCCAGUCUUUUCUUUCAAACAUGACUCUGUAAAGAAGGAAGAGAAGGACGAUAUCUCUGCAGGUUUAGCAAGCCUGAUGAACCGUGGCAGGACCAGGGAGCCGCGACCUCGGUCCCGCAAGGAAGAUUCCAUAGAAAAACAAGAGGAGAAGAAGGAAGAGAAAGAAAGCUCAGCAACAGCAGCAACAAGUGUGGUGAAACCUGCAGCUAGCCAGACUGCGGCAUCCAAAUCGGUGGAAAAAGCUGCUGUAUGUUCUCCUCCAUCUACUCCUGCUGUUUCCUCUCCUGUUAAGUCUCCUGUCUCCCCAUCAGAUGGCUUUGUCUCAGGUUCCAAGAAUAAAAAUCAGUCGCAACCUCCAGGGUUCACACCUGCUCCUAAACCCUGUACAACAGCACCCCCAGCAGGGUUUGUGCCAGUCCCUAAACCUGCUGGGUUUGUGCCAGCCCCUAAACCUGCUGGAUUUGUUCCAGCCCCAAGGCCCUCUCCAAUUUCUCCUCCACCAGGCUUCAUACCUGCACCGAAGACUUCUCCCAUGGCGCCUCCUGCUGGAUUUAUUCCGAAACCUGCGGAAGCCAUUAAAUCCCCCAGUACCUCUACCCCUUCAGCAUCCAUUCCAGACCCUAAAUCUGUAUCCAUCACACCCAAAUCUACUCCUGUAGCUCCCAAAGCAGCUUCACCUGCUACUUCUGACCCAGUCAAGCCCACCACCCUCUCAUGUCCUGCACCCAAGCCUGACCCCUUCGCCCCUCCACCAGGGUUCAUUCCCAUCCCCAAACAGCUGACUACGAAGAGCCAAGAGGAGAGCCCUGUGUUGAGUCCUACCGAAGAAGCUCAGAGACGGCUGGAGCGCAUCUUCGGAGCACCUGGACAGGUGGAGGAGGAUCCAGUGGCCAUCCUCCAGGCGGCCCACAUUGCUGCCUCCCAGCCAAAGGUGAAGACGGAGGAGCAGAUAGCUGCAGAGCAGGCAUGGUACGGCUCAGAGAAAGUGUGGCUGGUCCACAAAGAUGGCUUCUCCCUGGCCACUUUGCUGAAGACAGAGGCGGGCAGUCUGCCAGAGGGGAAGGUGAAGAUCAAACUGGAGCAUGACGGGACAGUACUGGACGUUGAUGAGGAUGAUGUGGAGAAGGCGAACCCCCCUUCGUUUGACCGCUGUGAGGAUCUGGCGACUCUGCUCUACCUGAAUGAGUCGAGCGUGAUGCACUGUCUGCGGCAGCGCUAUGGAGGAAACCUCAUCCACACAUAUGCAGGACCCAGCAUGGUGGUCAUCAACCCCAUCAGUGCCCCUUCGAUGUACUCUGAGAAGGUGAUGCACAUGUUUAAGGGCUGCAGGAGAGAGGACACGGCCCCGCAUAUUUAUGCUGUGGCACAGACAGCCUACCGGAACCUUCUGACCACGCGACAGGACCAGUCCAUUGUGCUGCUGGGCAAGAGUGGCAGUGGCAAGACCACCAACUGCCAGCACCUGGUUCAGUAUCUGCUGUCCAUUGCUGGUAGCACUGGAAAGAUCUUCUCAGCGGAGAAAUGGCAGGCAGUCUACACAAUCCUGGAGGCCUUUGGGAACUGCGCCACUUCUAUGAAUGCAAACGCCAGCCGCUUUUCCCAGAUUGUCUCCCUGGAUUUUGACCAGGCUGGCCAGGUGGCCUCUGCCUCCAUUCAGACUAUGCUGCUGGAAAAACUGAGGGUAACCAAGCGCCCGGAGGCUGAGUCCACUUUUAAUGUCUUUUACUACAUGAUGGCUGGAGCAGACAGCACUCUAAGAACUGAGCUACAUUUUAACCACUUUGCUGAGAACAACACGUUUGGAAUUGUGCCUCAGACGAAGCCUGAAGACAAGCAGAAGGCAGCACAGCAGUUCACCAAGCUGCAGGCAGCUAUGAAGGUGCUUGGCAUCUCUGCUGAAGAACAGAAAGCUCUUUGGCUCAUACUGGGGGCCAUCUACCACCUGGGAGCGGCAGGGGCCACUAAAGAGACUGAAGAAGCUGGCCGUAAGCAGUUUGCACGUCAUGAGUGGGCUCAGAAGGCAGCGUACCUGCUGGGCUGCACCCUGGAGGAGCUCUCCUCCUCCAUCUUCAAGCACCAGCCCAAAGGAACCCUGCAGAGAUCUACCUCCUUCCGCCAGGGGCCGGAUGACGUUGGGGCCGGAGACAACUCAGGUCCAAAGAUCACAGCUCUGGAGUGUCUGGAGGCCAUGGCUGCUGGACUUUACUCUGAGCUCUUCACUCUCGUCAUCUCCCUCGUCAACCGAGCGCUGAAGUCCAGUCAGCACUCUCUGUGUUCUCUGCUGAUUGUGGACACACCAGGCUUUCAGAACCCUCGGCUGACUAAACAAGCUCGCGGUGCCACCUUUGAGGAGCUGUGUCAUAACUAUGCUCAGGAGCGCCUGCAGACCCUCUUCCACGAGCGCACGUUUGUGCAGGAACUGGAGCGUUACAAGGAGGAAAACAUAGAGCUUGCAUUAGAUGACAUAGAGUCCAGUACAUCAUUGUCUGUAGCAGCUAUAGACCAGGCCUCAGCCCAAGCUCUGGUAAGGACGCUUGCGCGGACGGACGAGGCGCGAGGGUUGCUGUGGCUGAUGGAGGAGGAGGCCCUGCAGCCCGGAGGCUCUGAGGAGACUCUACUGGAACGCCUCUUCAGCUACUAUGGCCCCUCAGAGGGAGAGGCUAAAGGCCCCAACCUGCUCCUGAAGAGCGAGAAGUCCCAUCACUUCCUCUUAGGUCAUAGUCACGGCACAGACUGGGUGGAGUACAACGCCCAGGGCUGGCUGAGCCAUGCCAAGCAGAACCCUGCCUCGCAAAAUGCUGCCACUCUGCUGCAAGACUCACAGAAGAAAAACAUCAGUGGGCUGUUUAUGGGGCGUUCUGGAGGGGCUACAGUGCUGUCUGGCUCUAUUGCUGGACUAGAGGGGGGCUCUCAGCUGGCCCUGCGCCGGGCCACCAGCAUGAGGAAGACCUUCACCACCGGUGUGGCUGCUGUCAAGAAGAAGUCCCUCUGCAUCCAGAUCAAGCUGCAAGUGGAUGCUCUCAUAGACACAGUGAGACGCUCUAGGGUGCACUUUGUGCACUGCCUGGUGCCCAAAUCGGAAGCCCACAGUGCAGAGCCACGCGUACUGGGGGGACCCUCUCCCCGUUCUGGGGACAGCGAGGCCCACGGAGAGAGCUGUGAGACCGGCCUCAUGCAGCUGGAUGUGGGAUUGCUCCGUGCUCAGCUCCGAGGCUCUAAAUUGCUAGAUGCACUGCGCAUAUACCGGCAAGGUUACCCUGACCACAUGGUCUUCUCUGAGUUCCGCCGCCGCUUUGAUGUACUAGCGCCCCACUUGACCAAAAAGCAUGGACGCAACUACAUUGUGACGGACGAGAAAAGGGCUGUGGAGGAGCUACUGGAAUCAUUGGAGCUGGAGAAAAGCAGCUAUCAUAUGGGCCUGAGCAGGGUGUUCUUCAGGGCAGGUGUUCUGGCCAAGCUGGAGGAGCAGAGGGACAUGCAGACAAGGCGCAACAUCACUCUCUUCCAGGCCGCCUGCAGAGGAUACCUCGCCCGGCAGGCGUUUAAGAAAAGAAAGAUCCAGGACCUGGCUAUCCGCUGCAUCCAAAAGAACAUCAAGAAGAACCGGGGUGUGAAGGGCUGGCCCUGGUGGAAGCUCUUCACCACUGUGCGGCCGCUGAUUGAGGUGCAGCUCACAGAGGAGCAGAUCCGUGGAAAAGACGAGGAGAUUCAGCAGCUGAAGCAGAAGCUGGAGAAAGUGGAGAAGGAGAGAAAUGAGCUGCGACUCAACACCGACCGUUUAGAGAGCAGGAUCACAGAGCUGUCGUCAGAGCUCACUGAUGAACGGAACACGGGCGAGUCUGCCUCUCAGCUGCUGGAGUCCGAGACCUCAGAGAGACUACGACUGGAGAAAGACAUGAAGGACCUUCAGGCCAAGUAUGACUCCAUGAAGAAGCAGAUGGAGUCUAUGGAGAUGGAAGUGAUGGAGUCUCGGCUCAUACGUGCCUCCGAGCUGAACGGGGAGAUGGAAGAUGAUGACACAGGUGGAGAGUGGAGGCUGAAGUAUGAGCGAGCAGUUAGAGAGAUUGAGUUCACCAAGAAGAGACUACAGCAAGAGUUUGAUGACAAACUGGAAGUGGAGCAGCAGAGCAAGAGGCAGUUGGAAAGACGGCUGACGGACCUGCAGGCAGACAAUGACGAGAUGCAGAGGGUGGCGCAGCAGCUGAAGAAAAAGUGCCAGAGACUGACAGCCGAGCUGCAGGACACCAAGCUGCACCUGGAGGGCCAGCAGAGCCGCAAUCAUGAGCUGGAGAAGAAGCAGAGGAAGUUUGACUCGGAGCAGAGUCAGGCUCAGGAGGAGGUGCAGAGGGAGAGGAGUCAGCGUGAGAAGCUGAGCCGAGAGAAAGACAUGCUGACUGGAGAAGUGUUCAGCCUCCGACAGCAGCUGGAGGAUAAAGAUCUGGAGAUGUGUGCGAUCAAUCUGAAGUUGGAGCAGAUGGAGGCGGAGCUGCAGGACCUAAACUCUCAGGAGUCGAAGGACGAAGCCUCACUGGCCAAGGUUAAAAAGCAGCUCCGUGACCUGGAAGCAAAGGUCAAAGAUCAGGAGGAGGAGCUGGACGAGCAAGCAGGCACCAUUCAGAUGUUGGAGCAGGCUAAGCUGCGUCUGGAGAUGGAGAUGGAGAGGCUCAGACAGAUGCACUCCAAAGAGAUCGAGAGCAAAGAUGAAGAAGUGGAGGAGAUCAGACAGUCCUGCAGUAAGAAGCUGAAGCAGAUGGAGGUGCAGUUGGAGGAGGAAUAUGAAGACAAACAGAAGGUCCUUAGAGAAAGGAGAGAGCUGGAGGCCAAGCUGCUGACCGCUCAAGACCAGGUGAGCCACAGAGAUGUGGAGACAGAGAAGCGCCUGCGGAAGGACCUGAAGCGCACCAAGGCCCUGCUGGCCGACGCCCAGAUCAUGCUGGACCACCUGAAAAACAACGCUCCCAGCAAGAGAGAGAUCGCCCAGCUCAAAAACCAGCUGGAGGAGUCAGAAUUCACCUGUGCUGCUGCAGUCAAGGCCCGUAAGUCCAUGGAGGUGGAGAUUGAGGAUCUGCAUGUUCAGAUGGAUGACAUCUCCAAAGCCAAGCAGGCGCUGGAGGAGCAGCUGAGCCGCGUGCAGCGCGAGAAGAAUGACCUACAGUCACGCAUGGAGGAGGACCAGGAGGACAUGAAUGAGCUCAUGAAGAAGCACAAAGCCGCCGUUGCCCAGUCAUCUCAGAGCUUGGCCCAGAUCAGCGAGCUCCAGGCCCAGCUGGAGGAGGCUUUGAAAGAGAAACAGGAAGUCCAGGAGAAGCUCACAGCCCUGCAGAGUCAGCUGGAGUUUCAGGAACAGUCCAUGGUGGACAAGUCUCUGGUCAGCAGGCAAGAGGCCAAGAUCCGUGAGAUAGAGACCAAACUUGAGUUUGAGAAGACACAGGUCAAGCGCCUGGAGGGUCUGGUGUCCAGGCUAAAGGAGAAUGUGGAGAAGCUUACGGAGGAACGCGACCAGCGCAGCACCAGCGAGAACCGCGAGAAGGAGCAGAACAAGCGGCUACUGCGACAAAUGCGUGACCUCAAGGAGGAGAUGGCUGAGCUGGCCAAGAAGGAGGCUGAAGCCAGCCGCAAGAAACACGAGCUGGAAAUGGACAUUGAGAGUUUGGAGGCUGCGAACCAGAGUCUCCAGGCAGACCUCAAGCUGGCAUUCAAACGGAUUGGUGACCUGCAGGCCGCUAUUGAGGAUGAAAUGGAGAGUGAUGACAAUGAAGAUCUAAUUAAUAGUUUACAAGACAUGGUGACUAAGUAUCAGAAACGAAAGAACAGAACCGAGGGAGACUCUGAUUCAGGCUCUGAAGUGGAGGGCCGUGUGGAUGGGGUGAAGUCAUGGCUCUCUAAGAACAAGAGCUCCGCCAAGAACCUGUCAGACGACGGCAGCCUGAAGAGUUCAAGAUAUGCCACAAACGUUGAUGCCAAAGAGGGAAAACAGUGGAAAGAGAAUGGCAAAGAAGGUAAAGAGGUAGAGCAGAGCAGGCCUGUAUCUGUGAUGAGUUCCCUCAGCUAUAGGAAACGCUCCUCUUUGAAGGACUCUAUCGGCGGCAAAGGAGACGAGAGCUCUCUCUUUAAUACCCUCAAGGAGCAGGGUGACUCUCAGGAACUCACAUCCUUCCGCAAGAGCAAGGCCAAGGAUGUCCAGGAUGACUCCUACUCUGUGAGCUCGUGGAGGAAGGGAAACGAUCUGGACGAUAGAGGAUCUGUUAUCUCACAGGCUUACUCUGAGGCAGCCAGCAGGGCCAGGAAGGGCAUGGACAGCCGCUGGUCUGAAUUUGACAAGGAGUCAGUUGUGUCCUCUGUUGGACCCAGUCGAGCAUCUACCCGCUGCACAAACCUGGACCUGGACCUGGAUGAUGUAAAGUCCAGCGUGAGCGCCAUCAGCCCCCUGAGCCGGCGCCGAAGCAUGUCCCGGAUGGAUGACUUUCAAAGUGAAUAUGGCUCAGCCCUAAGCCCGGGCUUGAGCCGCCGCAGCCCUGGCAGCCUAAGCCGUGCAGAUUCCCGCAUAUCCCUGUCCCGCAGCUGCCGCCUCAGCGAGUUUGACAUGGACGAUGAUUCCCUCAGCGUGGCGUUCAGUUCUCGUUCUUCUGCUGGCCGUAGCCUCUCCGUACCUCCACGAUCUCGGGACACUGACUCGGUAUCACAGGACACGUCGGACCUCAAGCCGGUCAGCCACCGCAACUAUCUGGACCCGGACCUGGAGGCAGCCAUCAAUGAAGUGCUAAACUUCAAGCCCAUCACAUUCAAGCGCAGCAGCCUGGAAGACUCUGAGGGACAGGCCGAGGAAGAGCAAGACGACGACAGGAAGAGCGUGAGGAGCGGCAGGGAAAGCAGCCGAAGCUCCUCCAGCCUGCGCCGCUCUGCCUCUGCUGUGGACUGCAGACGCUCCAGCAGCAGCUUGAGCAGUCGCAGUAGUCGCAGUAGUCGCAGUAGUCGCAGCAGCCGCAGCCGCAGCAGCAAGAAGAGCAAGAAGAAGAAGAGCCACAGCUCAGACUCGUCCGAAGACGAAUACAGGAAGAAGAGUUCCAAGAAGAAGGGAAAGAAAAAGAAAAAAUCCAAGAAGCAGUCCUCAUCUUCCUCCUCUGAAGAUUCGGGGUCCAGCUCUGAGUCAGAUUCCAGCUCUGGGGCUUCCACCAUCUCAUAUCGAAGCACCAGUAGCAUCAAGAAAGCCCCUGGUAGGAAUGCUUCAGCCUCUGAAGAGGAGAGAGAGCCUGGAGGGCCUUCUGAAGCACCUCCACCACUCAGCAAGAAGGAGGAGAAGAAGAGGAAGAAGAACGUGGAUAGCGUGAUGAUGAAGUAUCUGUACAGAGCUGACAGUGACUGAAUCUGGCACCCCCCAUCUGGCCGAAGACGCUUCUGCCUCGACAGAUCUGACGAGGAAGAAGAGGAGGAGGAGAAAGAAGAAGGCAGGAGCUCCUACCGCUCUAGAUACUCCUGCAGCAGCUACCUAAAC